UGCUGGAAGGAGGAGUAUUAUUUGCACUGUAGCAUUCCAGUGCCAUGUCUACUUGGUAUUACUAAUUUCCCGCUGUUGGAAUAGACCCACCAUCGACUUAAGCUCAAAAAGAGUAUUAUUUCUGAUCGAUUGUCCGCUCGAGGUGGUGAAAACAGCCCAAAUACCCAAAAAUGGACGCUUUAACAUCCAGUCUUGCUGAUGUGAUGGUCUCCGCCCUCUUCAAUUUUAUUUCUGAUCGAUUGUCUGCUUCGGAGUUUCUCAACUUUGCCCGGAGAGAGCAGUUUUUGUCCCAACUCAACAUGUGGGAGAACCUUCUGCCCAAAAUCAAUGCCCUGCUCCAGGACGCACAACAAAGCCACACCGCCAGUCGUGCCCUCAAACUCUGGCUCUCCGAUUUAAGAGACCUUGCUUACGAUGCUGAAGACAUCAUUGAUGAAAUUAACACCGAGGUCCAGCGCCGGAGAACACUAGGACACACCCAAUCUGGCACCACCAGCAAAGUACGCUUGUUAUUUCCCCCAUGUUGUGCUGGUCUUAAUUCAAGUGGCAUUAAGUUUAGUGGGCGGCUGGGGUCAGAGAUAGAAGCUACCACUGCUAGAUUUCAACAUAUUCUUUUGCAAAAGAAUAUUUUGAAUUUGGUGGAGAGAGGUGGCCAAGGGAGAUUGAAGACAAAAAUGGAAAGGCUGCGCUCUACUUCUUCUCUUGUUGAUGAAUCUCGGCUUUUUGGCAGGGAACAAGAUAAACAAGUCAUUCUUGAACGGUUAAUGGAUGGUAAUACUGGUGUCAUUUCAAUCGUCGGAAUGGGUGGUGUGGGCAAAACCACGCUUGCUCAGUCAGUUUACAAUGAUGAUAAAAUUGAGAACUCUUUUGAGUUGAGAGUUUGGGUUUGUGUCUCUACGGAAUUCGAUGUUAUUAGAGUGACUAGGACUCUGCUGCAGGGUGUUGCUUCGGAGAGUCUGCCGCAGGGUGAUACUUCGGAGAGUCUGCUGCCGGGUGAUACUUCGGAGAGUCUGCCGCAGGGUGUUACUUCCGAGAGUCUGCCGCGGGGUGUUACUUCGGCGAGUCUGCUGCGGGGUGUUACUUCGGCGAGUCUGCUGCGGGGUGUUACUUCCGAGAGUCUGCCGCGGGGUGUUACUUCCGAGAGUCUGCUGCGGGGUGUUACUUCCGAGAGUCUGCUGCGGGGUGUUACUUCCGAGAGUCUACCGCGGGGUGUUACUUCCGAGAGUCUGCUGCGGGUACCCACAACCCCUGAAAAAAUGGACGUUUUAACAUCCAGUCUUGCUGAUGUGAUGGUCUCCGCUCUCUUCAAUUUUAUUUCUGAUCAAUUAUCCACUUCGGAGUUUCUCAACUUUGCCCGGGAAGAGCAGUUUUUGUCCCAACUCAACAUGUGGAAGAAUCUUCUGCCCAAAAUCAAUGCCCUGCUCCAUGACGCACAACAAAGCCACACCGACAGUCGUGCCCUCAAACUCUGGCUCUCCGAUUUAAAAGACCUUGCUUACGAUGCUGAAGAUAUCAUUGAUGAAAUUGACACCGAGGUCCAGCGCCGGAGAUUACUAGGACACACCCAAUUUGGCACCACCAGCAAGGUACGCUUCUUAUUUCCCCCAUGUUGUGCUGGUCUUAAUUCAAGUGGCAUUAAGUUUAGUGGGCGGCUGGGGUCAGAGAUGGAAGCUAUCACUGCUAGAUUUCAAGAGACUCUUAGGCAAAAGAAGAUUUUGAAUUUGGUGGAGAGAGGUGGCCAAGGGAGAUUGAAGACAAAAAUGGAAAGGCUGCGCUCUACUUCUUCUCUUGUUGAUGAAUCUCGGGUUUUUGGCAGGGAACAGGAUAAAAAAGUCAUUCUUGAACGAUUAAUGGAUGGUAAAACUGGUGUCAUUUCAAUGGUCGGAAUGGGUGGUGUGGGCAAAACCACGCUUGCUCAGUCAGUUUACAAUGAUGAUAAAAUUGAGAACAUUUUUGAGUUGAGAGUUUGGGUUUGUGUCUCUACGGAAUUCGAUGUUAUUAGAGUAACUAGGACUCUGCUGCAGGGUAUUACUUCGGGUGAUACUUCAGAGAGUCUGCUGCGGGGUGUUACUUUGGAGAGUCUGCUGCCGGGUUUUACCGCGGAGAGUCUGCCGAGGGGUGUUACUUUGGAGAGGCUACUGCGGGGUUUUACUUCGGGGAGUGUCAAUUUCAUGGACUUCAAUUUGCUUCAAGUGAAGCUAAAGGAGAUGCUUUCUGGAAAGAAGUUUUUGAUUGUUUUGGAUGAUGUUUGGAAUGAGAACUAUGAGCAAUGGGAGGUUCUGCGAACACCCUUCAUGGCAGGAGCGCCUGGGAGUAAAUCUGCUGCGGGGUGUUACUUCCGAGAGUCUACCGCGGGGUGUUACUUCCGAGAGUCUGCUGCGGGGUGUUACUUCAGAGAGUCUGUCGCAGGGUGUUGCUUCGGAGAGGCUGUCGCGGGGUGUUACUUUGGAGAGGCUGCUGCGGGGUGUUACUCUGGAGAGUCUGCUGCGAGGAAGUUUUUGAUUGUUUUGGAUGAUGUUUGGAAUGAGAACUAUGAGCAAUGGGAGGUUCUGCGAAUACCCUUCAUGGCAGGAGCGCCUGGCAGUAAAGUACUUGUAACCACUCGAAAUGAAAGGGUUGCAUCCAUCAUGACCACAUAUCCGGUAUACCAUUUACCGGUGUUGUCUAACGAUGCUUGCUUUUUGUUGUUUGUCACACAUGCCCUUGGUGUUAUUAAUUUUGAUGAACACCCGAAUCUAAAAGAAAUUGGUGAAGAAAUAGUGCGAAAGUGCAAAGGCUUACCACUGGCAGCCAAGACUUUGGGUGGGCUUCUGCGUGGUAAAUUAAGUUAUCAUGAAUGGGAAGAUUUGUUGAGGAGCAAGAUGUGGGACAUACCAGAAGAAAGGAGUGGCAUCCUUCCUGCUCUGAUGUUGAGCUAUCAUUAUCUUCCUUCCCAUUUGAAACGAUGCUUUGCCUAUUGUGCUAUGUUUCCAAAGGACUAUGAAUUUGACAAGAAUGACUUGGUUCUACUAUGGAUGGCUGAGGGGUUAAUACGACAAGCAAAGGGAGAAAAACAAAUGCAAGACGUAGGGCUUACAUAUUUUCAUGAUUUAGUUUCAAAGUCUUUUUUCCAACAAUCAAAUAGAAACAAAAGACUAUUUGUUAUGCAUGACCUUAUAAAUGAUCUAGCUCAAUCCGUUGCUGGAGAAAUAUGCCUUCAUUUCGAGGAUUCCCUUGAAGACAAGCCGCAUUCAUUAAUUGCAAAGCGUCGUUAUUUGUCAUUCACUCGCCACCAAUAUGAGGUUUCCAAAAGAUUUGAAGCAUUAGAUCCUGUGCAGUGUUUACGGGCUUUCAUAGCUUUACCGAUGGAUACAUCAUCUCGGGCAGCAUGCUGUUACAUAAGUAACGAUGUGUUACAGGAGUUGCUAGCAAAAUUCAGAUGCUUAAGGGUGCUAUGUUUGAGUGGAUACUGCAUAGACGAAAUACCAUAUUCUAUUGGUGAUCUGAAGCAUUUGAGGGAGCUCACUAAGCUGCCACAAGGUAUUGAAAAUCUAAUUAAUCUUCUUGUCCUUGAUCUUACUGAUACCAUGAAAUUAGUGGAGAUGCCAUUGCAAGUAGGCAAUUUGAAAAAUCUUCAGGGGAGCUUUCUAUUACUGGAUUGGAAAAUGUGGGGGAUGUUCGAGAUGCUAGGGAUGCUAAUCUAAU